UAUGACAAAAAGAGUAGUCAAGUCUUAGUUAUAUAAUAAUAUUGAAAUUCAGUCAGAAUGUUUUCGGGAUUUGGAUCUGCCAUUUUUGAUGGAGGGUUUGCAUCUCCUAUGAGUACUAAAUUUGAAGAUUUCUUUCGAUGUUAUCCAGUUGCUAUGAUGCCUGAUCAUAUAAGGAAAGAUGAUGCUAAUUAUGGAGGUAAAAUAUUUUUACCACCAUCAGCAUUAAGUAAAUUAACUAUGCUUCAUAUUAGAUAUCCAAUGUUAUUUGAAUUAUCUAAUGAAGCUCAAAAUAUAAAGACUCAUAGUGGAGUAUUAGAAUUUGUAGCAGAAGAAGGGAGAGUAUAUAUACCACAAUGGAUGAUGACAACUUUAAAAGUUAGUCCUGGUCAAUUAUUAAAAAUAACUAAUUGUGAUUUACCAUUAGGUAGUUUUGUUAAGAUUGAACCACAAUCAGUUGACUUUUUAGAUAUAUCUGAUCCUAAAGCAGUAUUAGAAAAUGUAUUAAGAAAGUUUUCUACUUUAACAGUCAAUGAUGUAAUUGAAAUUAAUUAUAAUGAUUCUAUUUAUGGUAUUAAGGUUUUGGAAGCAAAACCUGAAAGUAAUAAUAAAGGUAUAUGUGUGGUGGAAACAGAUUUAGAAACAGAUUUUGCUCCACCAGUGGGGUAUGUUGAACCAGAAUAUAAACCUGUGGUUAAACCAAGUACACCUAUUGAUCCAUCUAGUGUUAAUAGAGGUAUAGGUGCCGCAACUAUGGCCAAAUCUAUUAAUUAUGCUCAAAUAGUAGCAGAAGCUUCACGUCCAGGAUCUGAUUCAUUCAGAGGAAGUGGUCAAAAAUUAUCAGGAGCUCCUAGUAAAGCAAUUGAAACAAAUUAUAAAAUUGAUGAUUUGAAUCCUGAUGCUCCUCCAGCACCAUUGAAUUUACCAGAAAAUCAAUUAUUCUUUGGAUUCCCUGUAGUGUUACCCACUCCUGAAGCUACUGAUGAUGAAGAAAGCAACACAAAUAUUUCAGAAGAAAAUGUAUUCACUGGUGCAGGUCAAUCAUUGAGACAGAGUAAGAAGAGAAAGGAUAAAAAUACUUCAUAUCCAUCAUUAAAGAAUCAUUCACGAAGUCCAGAUUAUAUAGAGAUUGAUUAAGCUAAAUAUCCUUAUUAUACAGCUUAUCUUUUGUAUGAAAUGUAAACCAACGGAUAUAUAUAUAUUUGUAAUCAAAAUAUACUAGUAGACUGUCUUAC